AUGGCAAACCCAAACCCUCUUCAGCUUUCUGUUCUCAAUCAAAUAAAGUUGCAUCUUUUUGGUGAACUUUCUCCUCUUCCACUUGCUCCCUCCUCCAAUCUCAUCCAAAACAACUUCUCUUUUUUAUGCGAGGAACCAUACCCUACUUCCUCUCAAUCAAGCUCCCUCGCCACCCAAAACGAUUUUUCUUCGGAUUUCUUCGACUUUUCAACUACUUCCACAGAAAACCAGUUCCCCAUCUUCGAAUUCGAUUCCAAACCCCAAGUAAUUGACCUCCAAACCCCCAAACCCCACGCUCAAACAUCGAACUCGGAGUUCACGUUUCCGACCACACAGGACGGUAAGAAACCUCAAUCCAAUCGAAAACCGUCGCUGCAAAUCUCUCUCCCAAAAAAGACGGAGUGGAUCCAGUUCGGAGAAAGUGAGGUGGCCGAAACGGUGGCGCAGAAGGCGGCGGAAGAGAAGAAGCACUACAGAGGAGUUCGACAGAGACCGUGGGGGAAGUUCGCGGCGGAGAUCCGCGACCCGAACAAGCGCGGCUCCAGAGUGUGGCUCGGGACGUUCGAGACGGCUCUGGAAGCUGCCAAAGCCUACGACAGAGCCGCAUUCAGGCUUCGCGGCUCCAAAGCCAUCCUCAACUUCCCCCUCGAAGCCGGCGCCGAUAACCGGAAACGCCAAAGGGAAGAGGAAGAGCCGGUGCUGGAAGUAGUUAAGAGGGAGAAGGUGGAAGAAUCCGACGUUACCCGCAUUAGGGAUACUCCAUUAACGCCGUCUAGCUGGGUUGGCUUCUGGGGUUCUGAUGCAAACGAAAUCUUCACCGUUCCGCCUCUGUCGCCGUUAUCUCCUCAUCCGGCGCUGGGUUAUCCACAGCUUAUGGUUGUGUGA